AUGUGCCUCAAUUCCACCUCUUUCAGGUGGAGAGACACAUUCUACAAGCAAACGGAGGGUGCUGCCAUGGGGUCCCCCCUGUCCCCAGUGGUAGCUAACAUGUUCAUGGAACAUUUUGAGGAGACGGCUCUCCAGUCAGCAACCCACAAACCCAAAGUGUGGCUUAGAUAUGUGGACGACACUUUUGUGGUUUGGCAACAUGGAGCUGAGGAAACUAACAAUUUCUUACAGCACCUCAACUCUCAACACGAAUGUAUCAAGUUCACCAUGGAAAUGGAGAAUAAGGGGUCUAUCCCCUUUCUUGAUACAAAGAUUACGAGGACGGCACAGGGAUCCCUAUCCCAUCAGGUUUAUCGCAAACCUACUCACACUGAUCGGUACUUGAACUAUCGUUCAUUCCACCACCCAUCAGUGUUGAGAUCAAUCAACAAGACCUUAGUCAAACGAGCACAUGAGGUUAGUGACCAGAUCCACCUGAGAGGUGAGCUUGUACAUAUCAAACGUGUUUUGAAAUGUAACAACUACCCCUCACAUAAGAUCUGCACUGAGCUUCCCCCUUCGCGGAACCCUCAUGUUAGACAACCCAAGGCGAGAGUUAUUCUUCCAUAUCUGGGAGCAGCCUCUCACAAGAUUCAGAGGAUUUUGAGAGAAGCCGACAUUGAGGUUCGUCAUAGUUCCUCAAAUAAGCUUCAAUCUGCCCUCACCAGCCAUAAGGACAAGCGAAACUCCAAGGACCUCCCUGGAGUUUACCGAAUUCCUUGUGAAUGCGGUAAAGUUUACAUCGGAGAGACGGGUCGUUCCUUUAACACUCGGAUUAAGGAACAUAGGGCCCAUGGUAGACGAGACGAGAGGGACAAGUCUGCAAUCAUCGAUCAUGCUCAUACGCAUGAUCACCGGAUCCUCUGGGAUGAAAGUAGACUAGUCACCCGUGUCCCCUACUGGCAUCAGCGGAGAGUCAGAGAAGCGUUGGAGAUUGAGGAACAUAACACUGUUCCUCAAGACAGUGGCCUCCAACUUAGCAAUAUCUGGCUUACCGUUCUAGACAAAGGGGCUAAUUUGCCUAAUUAG